AAUCCAAUGAGACUUAUUUGACUCUUACUACAUUUUUGAUACGCAAGUAAAUAUUUCAAAUAGUUUGAAUAAACUUUAUUUUCACCAAAUUAAAUCAAAUGUGAAUUUGUUAGGCAAAAUCUAGGGGCAGCAUUCACAAAAGUAUAUGUUAUAGAUUUAUAUGUGUAUACCUAUAUGUUACCAUUUCCAUAACUACAUACCUAAAAUACGUGAAUGUAUUUAUAGAAUAGAUAGGAUGUCGCGAGUGUUUACAUUUUUUAUGAACCUGUAAUGUGGCUAAUCCGAAGAGCUUGAAAAGAAUUAUGAAUGGGGAUACAGCACAAUAAAAUGGCACAAACAAAAACAGAAAAGAUUAAGAAUUGCUGGACUGGAAUACAUAAAUGCAAAUGGAAAAUUAGUUCCUCCAAAGCAGCCAGGCCCUGACUGCAAUUGUCGGAGAGGAUGUUUCCAAAAAGUUCCAGUAGAUGUUCGCUUGAAAACAUUUCAAGGCUUUUAUUCUAUGAAAACUCAUGAUGAACAAAAUGCAUAUUUAUUUGGCCUAAUGAGACAAGUGGAUGUUAAAAGAAAAAGGGUCAAAGGGAAAACAAGCCGACGAACAUGUACUUUUGAAUAUUUUGUGAGAGUGAAGGGCAGAGAGACACAAGUUUGUCAGACAGCUUUUAAAAAUAUUCAUGCUAUUACUGAGCGAAAAGUAAGAGUGCUUUGCAAGAAAAUGGAUGAUGGUGUGAUGUUUCCUAGUGAUAACCGGGGAAAGAAUAGCCAUAGACGCUCAGGGGAAGUCAGAUUGCCAAGUGGAGUGGUGGAGCAAAUUAAAAAUCAUAUUUAUUCUAUUGUUCAUACACACAGAUUGAAAGACUUCAUUAGAUUGGAUAAAAUUGCUGGUCUAGAGAUUAAUAUAUCAAAAAUGUGGAAGGAUUACAUAAAAACAUAUGAUCCUGAAAACAUAUCAGCAACAAUGCCCAAGUCUAAGCGAAACAGCACUGAAGUGUCCAUGCCUGCAAUUGUCCCAGAGCCAGCACCACAGCCUGCCCCUCCUCAGGAGCAGCAGCUGUUUGGUUCAAUGACAUAUCCUGGGAGUGGCCAUUUAGUAAAUAUUGCCGAAAAUUACUUUCAAAAUCAAUACCCAACAACUACAUUAACUUCCACCACUGCAACCAAUUUUUACCAGCCUCAAAAUGGAGGCCAGAGUAUGGGGAUAUUAUUGCAGCCUACUGCUGCAAGACCCCAGCAUGCAGCAUAUAUUGUGCUGCAAACAAAGCCUGAACCUCAGGGGAAUGCAGGGCCGCUUGCAAUUGAUAAUGUUCCAUACAGUGCAGAUCCACUGGAAUUACAUCCUCAGGAUGCGAUUAAAGUUGAGAAAAAGGUGAAAAAAGAAAAAAAACGGGGGCCUUUAGUAAAGCAGUGGAGAUACACCAAUAUUUUCCAUGAGGAGAUAAAUGGUGCUGCUCUGGCUGCCAUCAAAACGCGUCUGGGCAUGUAUUAUGCAGAGAGUGACGCCGCCCGAAAAAGGGCGAAACAGGCACGCCCUGUGGAGGCGGCCGCUGUACAAACUCAGACUCAGCCGGAGCAGAUUCGACCAACACACACAGUUACUAUUUACACGUAGAAUGUAAUACAAUGUUAAACACCAUUCAAAAUUGACUGAUCUGAUUUUAAUAUACAUAUAGAAGUCUAGUUUUAUUUUUAAGUAAUAAUGAAGGCUCGAAAAUGUCCUUAAGAUUAGGGAAUGAAAUAUCGGAAGACAGAUACUCUGAUUUCCGCUAUUUAUCGGAAUUAUUGAAAGUGCUUUCUUUUUUUAACUUUUUUUUUAAGUUCGAAUAAUUCGAAGUAAAGAUGUAUUAUUUACUGAUUAAUAAUGGUUAUUUAGUAUACCGUCUCAUCCUCAUCUUCGCGCAUUCUCAAUUGCACCCUACACCAUAGUGCUUUUCACUUGGUCUAGUGUUGUUUAUCUUUAAUAGCUUAAAGUAACAAAAAAAUAAUAUUAUGAUAAAGUUCUGAGAUUCCGAUAUUCGUGGCCCUACUUAAGAUUGAAUUUAUACUUGUGCAGCAUGAUCUCUCUUGCUGCACAAUAUAAAAGUCCAUCUUAAGUUUAGAUCCUUAAUGGUACAAUUUUAAAUGUUUUCCAUUGUAAUGGUUUCUUUAUAUAACUAUUUACAGCUGGUAGAAUAAAAGUAGAUAAUCAACAUAAAAGGUACAUAAACCAGUGCUUGCUAGUAAUCUGCAAACUGUGUAGAACUGAUUUUAUAAGGAGAAUAUGUAGAGGUAUAUAGGUAUUUAUUAACUUUUUUAGUUUAACUUUCACUAGGGAGAAGUAGUGAUGAUCAAGGCAUAUUAUUUUAUUGCAAUAUACAACUUUAUAAACAA